AUGCCGUCCCUCCCUACCUUCCGCGAUGCAGACUCAGUCCACGCUGAGGCAGAGAACAUCGAACUCACCAUGCCAUCUACCUUGUCUGUGAUGCUUCGUGCUCGGAUCUGUGUCCCUGGCUUGGGAGAGAUGGAAGACGAGCUUCGAUAUGCUGAUGCAAUGGAGGCUCUGAACAACAUCCGCUGCCAACUGCGUACACGUACUGUGUACAGUCACUCGAAGAUGAAGAAUGUCAAAGGACAGCGGCUGAACAUCCGGGCUCAUGCAGCUCAAUCCAGUGUGAAUGUGCACAUACGAGCAGCCACAUUGCGGUAUUGCCACGAGCUCAAUGACGCAGAUGUGCGGGGUCUGGGGGAGCGUGCUUUGAUGAAUGAAGAGAGGGCAGAGCAAGAACGGAUAUGCGAACUUAGCGGCUCCUCAUCGAACAGCUUUGGCGUCAGGCACACGGGGGUGGUCGCAGUUGGAGAGGGCUGCUGCAUGCUUUCUUGGCUGUGA